GACUUCUUGUUAUGGUUCAACCUGAGUAGGGGCCUUUGGCUCCUCACUUCUCCAAACAAUAUGGAGUCUCAUCAUGGGAUCGUGAAAGCUUUUCCCAAAGUCAAAAGGGCUAAAGUCCUACAGGGAAAAGACUCACCCCCGCUGAAGAAGAAACCUGAGGAGCGGGAUGUCACAGGAUAUAUGUUUAAUGGAAGCACUGUGUUCAUUCUGCCUGCUGGAAUUGGAAACGCCAGAUGCCAGAUUUUUCACCGACAAAUCGAGCAGAAUGGAGGACGGAUCGAGAGCUCACUGUGUCCCAGCGUCACUCAUGUUGUUGUGGAUGACAGCAUGGACUGUGACAGAGCUCUGCGCUUGCUGAAAGUGGAUGGUUUGCCCUCUGGUGUCCAUCUGGUGAAAUGUACAUGGUUGAGCUUGUGCAUUAGUGAGAAGAAACUGCUGGAUGUGGACAACUACAGCCUUCUUUUACCCAAAAGACAGUCAGAAACAAAGCUUGAAAAUGCAGAAAACAACUCUGGAAGUAUCAAACCUGCUGCAGACGAUGCCACAGAGUCUGAAAGUCAUCGAACAAAGCAAGACAUGUUUUCCCAGACAAGCCCAGAAAGCAAAAAGGAGGUGCACGGAGAAGAGGACGGUGUCAGUCAGAGUGACCUGGAGGCUCUCAUCACUGGUCAGCAGCCUACGGAGGAGACCCCCAGUGCCAGCUCAAACCCUGGUCUAGAUGCUGCUGCUGAGAAACCGAUUUCAGGGAAGUGGGUCUGCGCCCAGUCUUCCCAAUCCAAAAGUAACAACUUCAACAAGCACAUCACCGACAAGCUUGAAGUGCUGGCCAAGGCCUACACGCAUCAGGGGGACAAGUGGAGGGCACUGGGCUACUCUAAGGCUGUCAACGCUCUGAAGAGCUACCACAAACCCGUCACAUCAUAUCAGGAAGCGUGUCAGAUCCCAGGAAUAGGAAAACGAAUGGCUGACAAAAUUGAAGAGAUCAUGGAGAGCGGCCACCUGCGCAAGCUAGAUCACAUCGGAGAGGCUGUGCCAGUACUGGAGCUUUUCAGCAACAUCUGGGGAGCAGGAGCUAAAACGGCACAACUCUGGUACCAACAGGGAUUUCGCACUUUGGAGGACAUCCGCUCAAAAGCCCACCUGAGCAACACUCAGAAAAUCGGACUGAAACAUUACGACGACUUCCUCGACCGGAUGCCCAGAGAAGAGGCGGCCGCUAUAGAGAAAGUGGUGAGGGACGCCACACAAGCCGUAGACACGGGUCUUGUGGCGAUGGCAUGCGGCUCUUACCGUCGUGGAAAGGCUACGUGCGGAGAUGUUGACGUUCUUAUCUCUCAUCCCGACGGGAAGUCCCACAGAGGAGUUUUCAGCAAAGUGUUACAGCUCCUCCAUGACAGUGGGUUUUUAACAGACGAUCUGGCGAGUCACGAGGAGAACGGAGAGCAGAAGAAAUACAUGGGCGUGUGCCGCUUGCCCGGACCGGGCCACCGCCAUCGCAGGCUGGACGUCAUCGUGGUGCCGUACAGCGAGUUUGCCUGCUCCCUCAUGUAUUUCACCGGCUCGGCGCACUUCAACCGCUCAAUGAGAGCCCUGGCAAAGACAAAAAGCAUGAGCUUAUCGGAGCACUCGCUCAACAGAGACGUGGUACGUCAAGGGGGCGUGAAAGUACACGGAGGCUCUCCCCUCCCUACGCCGACAGAGAAGGAUGUUUUUAAUCUUUUAGGCAUACCCUACAGACAGCCUCAUGAAAGAGACUGGUGAGGAUUUCCUAUUAAAACUGACGACAGAUGGAGAAAUAAUCAUGCUGGUAACAAAUCAUGAAACUGCAUUUAUUCUUCAGUAACCACUUAAUGAAACAUCACUGUCCUAAAUGUCAGUGUCAUGUUGUCUCUCUGGGAGAUUCUGAGGAGGCCUAAUAAUGUGUUCUAUAAAACUUCUACGUAAUUUAGUUUUAAAAGCUCAUUUUAAUUAAAAUGCCACAGAUUUUAUAAUAUAUUUAUAAGGACUAACUGUAAAUUCUAUCAUUCAUUAAAGGCAGUUUAAAAAGUUAGGUAGCCUUUUUCAGAAAAGACAUACAGUACAUCUAGUA